GCCGCAUGCCCGAGCCGUCUCCACGGUCAGGCUGAUGCCGCGACGUCUCCAUAGCGACCAGACCCCGGAAAUAAACCCUAACCUGCCGGGGGAUGAGUUUGGUUUAUUAGCUCACUGCCCCUUCAGCUGCCGCUUUGUUUACCUGAGGGGAGUUUGUUUGUUUGUUUGUUAACAAUCAUGUCGGAGCCCGAGGAGAAGCUGAGCCAGCAGAGAGACAGCUCGAAGAAGAAGAAGAAGAAGACAGACAAACGGAGCGAGAAGAAGAAGAAGAAGAAGCCGAGGGAGAGACGGGAAGAAGAGGAAGAGGAAGAGGAGCAGCCGGUGGAGGAAGAGGAAGAAAAAGAGCACAGUGAAUGUGUCGUGCUGCGUGGGAUCUUCAGACUGGGGAAGAAGAGUCACGACGUCCUGCUCACCCGAACCAGACUGAGCUGGACCCCCAUCACGCCUGAGACCCCCACAGGUGAGCCAUGUGUAACACAGCCAGGUGUGCUGCUGCUGCAGGACGUUUAUGCAGUGAAGGUGAAGCGGCGGCGAGCAGCAGGCCAGGAGUCUGGGGGAGCCGUGCUCGGCGUGGCCCUCUUCUGCUGCAAGAGGACAGGGAGGAAGCUGGAGGUGGACACGCUUCACCUCAACAACGCCUCCACUGAACACACACAAACCUGGUACAACACCCUGAGGGAGCUGCUCACAGGGUUCAGUCGUCCCAGGUACCUGAAGGUCUUCAUCAACCCUAGCAGCCACAAGAAGGAGUCUGUGCACAUCUACAGAGAACACGUGGCUCCGCUCUUCAAGAUGGCCGACGUCCGCACUGACAUCACGGUGACAGAGAGAAAGGGUCAUGCUCUCUCAGUGAUGAAGGAAUGCAAGCUGGAUGAAUAUGAUGGGUCACCAGCAGCAGGUGGACAUGUGCAGCUUCUCGUCUCUCGGUCAGUUGGUGUGUUUUGGUUUCUCCGCCAUGUUUGGCUUCGGUGGGCGGAGCUUAGCGCGGGCGGAGAAAAAGAGGUGGAUGCCGUCAUCGCGGCGACGAGAGUACGCCCUAUUGAAGACGCUGGCAAGACUAAAACCGGAGGACUGUCAGCUGUCUUUCCUCCCAGUGAAGAAUUCAACCGGGAGUCUGUCUGAACAUCGAGAUACCGAACAGGAUCUGGACCAGGAUCCAGAGGAGACCUGGAUGACCAAUCAGGGCCUGUAUCUGAACAUCAGCAUCAUGUCCAUCCCCUGUCUGAGUCCACAUGCACCUCGAGGACUCGCUCCUAACACCAGUUUGGCCAAUGGCAGCGCGACGCUGACCGCAGUGGGAAACACUUCCAGGUCAGAGUUUGUCAAACACCUGAAGAGAUACAACAGCUCCAGUGGACAGUUCAGCUUCUCCUUCGUGGAGACGCACGACGUGUCAGCGGUGAGAGUCCGUCCCCGCUCACUCGUUGGCUGGUCGGAAGAGGAGAGCGAGGAGGAGUGCGACUCCAAAACAACACCCAUCAUCCAAUCAGAGGGCGCCGCCUUCCCCUGGAAUAUUGAUGGGGAACUGGUGGAAAUCGCUAACGAAGUGCUCAUCAGGGUCCACCCACGGCUCAUCACGCUGUACGGGGACGAUGUGGAUGAGGCCGAUAUAACCGUCACCUGCAGUUGUAUCUGAUUCCAGCAGAGCUUUGUUGGCCCAAGACAGAUAGCCUCGGUAACCGUGACUCAGCAGUGCCCCCUAAGUCGUUGCGUUUUCAAAAGCAACAGAAUUUUUGUCCAAGCUGUAUUAAAAGUAGCAAAAAUCUGCAUUAAUUUAUGUUACAUUUUUUGGCCUAAAGAUUUAACUUUUGCAGCUUUAAAUAACAACACAUUAACUGAUGCGAGGCCGCCAUUAACUGUUUUUUAUACCUGUUUAACUCCUUUCACUGAAUGAAUGGCUAAUUUUCAAAUGAAUGUUUACAUUUUUCUAUAUUGUAAUUAGGCUGCCAGCAUCGUUCAAUUGACCUGUCAUUUAUUUGUGUUGUAUUGUUGUAUUAAUUUAUGUCACCCAGUGUUCAGCUGGCUCUACAUCAGUGAUGUGAAGGUCUGGUUUAAUAUUUCUUCUUGAAAAUGUGAAAUUUAAAUUAACUGUAGUUGUGGCAGUUUCCUGUGAAAUAACCAGCAAUGAAUCAUAGUUAAUAUCAAAUAUAUAUAAAUAAAUAUUAAACAUAUUGAAGAUAAAUAACUUUCAAACUUAUUUUUCAACACAUAAAAAGCUGUUUUCUAUUCUGUAUAUUGAUAUUCGUCAGCAUCGUGCCAAACACAUAAUUUUAAAUCCACUCCCCCACCACCUCACAUCCAGUGAUCAGUACAACCUUCCUGAAACUCCACUAUAUCACUAUAAUCUUCUUUAUCCAGAUUAGAUUAUGUUUAGAUCUUUCAUUCUAAUUUACACACAAACAUAUGAAUGAAGUCCAAACGGCACCGACCCUCGCAACGUGGUCUCAUGAAACGGUUCGUUAGAUAUCGUACUAAAAGUUAUGUCCAAAUUUUCGUAGAGUCCUACGAUAUGCUCCAAAUGAAAAGUGCGCCUACGCAGACCUCCGCAGCGCUCUGAUCAAGCAAGAUGGUGGAGAUUGCAGUAUGCCACAUCAAUUUCCCUAACCUAAUAUGAAUAAUACACAUGAACUCUGCACCACGGUGAUUCAGCAGAGAGACAGCUGCUGGAAUAAGCUGUUCCUGAACGUACUGGUCCGGGAACGGAGGACCCUGUAGCGCCUCCCACAGGGGAGGAGGGCAAACAGUCUGAGGCUGGGGUGGGAGAAAUUGAGAUGUUUAUGAACAAAGGUGUCUCUAAAUUGGUCCAAAGUGAAACAUAUGAUUGUGUAUAAAGCAAACAUACAUAUUUUGACCAUAUCUGGCCAUUAAAUAUCACUUAAAACUGAUUUGACAGAUUUGAUC